AUGGAGGGUUUUGAAACUUCUGCUAAUAAGUCCAACCUAGGUGCUAUAUUGAAUUGGUCGGAUUUGAGAUGUUCUUCACGGAUUAUAUGGAAAUCAAGUCUGAAGUGUGUAACUAUGGAUGCUGUGACCAUUCAUUUGGGCAUAGCAGAAAGGCAGAAUGAGUUUGGGUCCGAAAAAAGACAUGGCGGAAGUGAUGGGUUGCAUGGUUACGUCCAUUCUCUUGAUUUUGCUGUCGAUGACUUGAAAGCAUUCUUCGGAAAGGUGUUGUCGGAGAAUCCUGGGUUGCCAUGCUUUUGCUUUGGUCAUUCAACUGGUGCUGCCAUUGUUCUGAAGGCAGUGUUGGAUCCAAAAGUAGAGGUUCGUGUUGAAGGUGUGGUCUUGACAUCACCUGCCAUAGAGGUUCAGCCAUCUCAUCCAAUUGUUGCUGUGGUUGCACCAAUAUUCUCCCUUUUAAUUCCAAGAUACCAAUUUAGUGCUUCCUACAGGAGCGGACCACCGGUUUCUCGUGAUCCUGAGGCCUUGAGGGCUAAGUAUUCUGACCCACUUGUGUUCACUGGUCCUGUCAGAGUCAGGACUGGUCAUGAGAUUCUCCGCAUAUCAUCCUACUUGCAGCGGAACCUGAGCAAAGUUACAGUCCCAUUUCUAGUCCUCCAUGGCACAUCUGAUACGGUAACUGAUCCUGAAGGCUCCCAAAGACUCUACAAUGAAGCUUCCUCAACAAAUAAAUCUAUCAAACUAUAUGAAGGCUUCUUGCAUGAUCUCCUCUUUGAACCUGAGAGGGAUGACAUUGCACAAGAUAUCGUUGAUUGGUUGUGCUCCCGACUUGAUGCUCUAAACAGAACACGGAAAUAAAACCAAGAGUGUUGGCAAUGAUAAAACCAUCCAGAUAAUAAAGCGCAUAUUGCAAGGUUCUCCCCUGGGCUUCCACUUUCUGAGCUGGAGGUGGUGGUUUUGUUGUGCAUCUGCAUCCUGUAUGACAUGUCAAGAGCCAGAGCAUGGCAGCAAAGCCAUAUUGUACUGAAACUUAAAUUGUUUAGGGGUUUCACCGAUGUAUUUAUCUGAAUUCAAUGAAGUUUUUUACUGUGCUUGAGCUAAAGUCUCUGAUGGUUUCCUGCAUCUGGGUAUCAGCAACUUUCUCUUUUUCCCUUGCUGUUUCGAUGAGAAAUAUGGCGGGAAGCUACUGCAGGUUUUCUAACCUGGCCCUCUCCUUGUGCAGGCCCUCAGAUAUAUGAAGAUGGAAGGGGCCUUAUAGCAAUCUAGUUCAUGUACCCAUGCUUUCUGUGUGCAUGACUUGAAUCAUUCUUGACAUUCUUUUAUGUUUCUAGAGAACCUACAAGAGAGUCCUUGUGAAAUACAAAAUCACUCACAAUGCUCAUUAUUUGAGAAGCUUGCAGGCUGCUUCAUUGCUUGCUUAAUGUAUAAUCAUAUUUGAGGCUUGCAAAGAGCUACUGUGGAUGCUUGUUAAGAUAUCUUUCAUGGCUUCUGGUCCUUAUUCUACACUGUAAAAGCAGCAGUAGGUACUUUCAGUUCCCUCUUAAUAGGCUAUUGUUUGGAGGAGCCGCAUCCUAUGAUUUACUAUUUAGUAGAGUUAUUAUCAGAUCCAGGUGGAAA